CACUUGAGGCGCUGCUGUCGGUCUGUGUUUCUCACUUUUAAGACGGGAGUUGCGUUUCUCUUUUUUCUUGUUCUGUGUUUAUUUUAUCCGCUUCUGGCAGCAGUAGCGAAAUCGCGAAGUUAUAGUAUCCAAACACUCAAACAGUAUGGGUUCGUUGUCGUAGUAGAAUAAUAGACGCUGGGCUGUGACGUAAGAAGUCGGAGAUGUGUGCAUCAAAUGCGAUAGGAAGAAAGCUUUAAAAAGUUGGUUACGCAUGAAUAUUCUUGCUGUUACAUUCACGUAACAUAAGCCCCUUUUUCUCAAUGGAUUCAUAGCCGAACACACACCUACUGUUAAUCGUUAACUGCUGACAGUUGUUGGUAUAUAAAAUGACAGGACGGAGGAAUGCAAUAUUGAAAUUUGUGAAACUGACAGAGAACGCAUUUUCGCCGAUAAAACUUUCACCCAAAUCUGCGGGUUAUGAUCUCAGGAGCGCUUACGAUCUUUGUGUGUCACCGCACGGGAAGGAACUAGUGAAAACAGACAUUAAGGUACAGCUUCCUGAUGGAUGUUAUGGUAGAAUUGCACCGAGAUCAGGCCUUGCACUAAACUAUCACAUUGAUAUCGGAGGUGUUAUUGAUGAAGAUUAUCGUGGUAAUAUUGGUGUGCUACUGUUCAACCAUUCUGACAAGGAAUUUGUUGUGAAACGAGGUGAUCGCAUAGCACAGUUAAUUUGUGAGCAAAUACUAUAUCCAGAAUUGGAGGAAGUACAGGAGCUGGAUGACACACAGCGAGGAUCCAUGGGUUUGGGCUCAACAGGUAUAAAGUAAUUGUUAUGAAUAAAAACUAUUUCCUAUUGUUGUUUUCAGCAUUAUUGCAUUAGGGUAUUGUCAGUACACAGUACAGGAUGACAGUCUCUUGUAUAUUGUUUAUCAUUCUGUAAUUAAAGAAACUGAUG